AUGGACUCGUAUGUCAGAGACUCGGCUCGGUCGCCCCCAGAUCGAUCCUGGGCCUCUCGUGACGAGAGCAGAGGCAAGGACGACCGCGAUACAUUCUAUCGUGGCAGAUCUCCAGCCCUAGAGCGAAAUCGCCGCACGGCCCGCUCACGCUCCCCGGCAGCUGUUGACCGCUACGAACCGAGAUCCCGCGGAAGGGAUGAAUAUGGUGGUGGACGAGACCGGGACCGUGAUGAUCGUCGUCGGAUUGGAUCGCCCCCGGCCAAUAUCGAUCGCUACGUACCCGGCCAGUCACAACACCAGUCGCUGCAGCCUCCCCAGGACGGCGGGAUGGGAGUCCGUCCGCUAAUUCACCAGCAGCUGCCCCCGGCAGCGUUUGCAAACCCCAUUCCGGACCCGCUGAAACUGCCGUACCAGGUCGGAUUCUCUUUUUUUGGCGAAUGGUGGCGGGCCAACGAGAAGAUCAAGGAAGAGAAGGAGUGGCAGAGGACUGGUCGCCGUCGUGAGCCAGAGCGAAACCGGGGAGCGAAGGAGACACAAGAAGAACGCGAGAAGGAAAAGGCCAGGAUCCAGGCUGCUUAUGACUCCUACAAGGAGGAGCUGCAGGGAAAGAUGGCGCAGACGUUUGUGAAGCAGCACAAAGAAGAGCAGUGGUUCCGUGAGCGAUACGUACCCGAAAUCCGCGAGAAGCUACGCCAGCAGCUAGCUGAAUUUCGAAAGGGACAGUUCAGUCAGUGGGAGCAGGACCUGGAGUCCGGUCUCUUCGACGAGUUCACGUUGGAGGGCAUUCCCAAGAAUGAGAGCAAUGGUGCCGGCAUGACAGAGAAGGAGGAGGGAGAGGCCAACGAAGUUCUGGGCGUCGGCGAUCUGGUUCCGGCUGCCACUGCGGCCGAUAUUCGGGACGAGAGCCUCUUCCAGCCAACGCUGCUGAUCAAGACGAUCGCUCCUAGUGUGAGCCGGCAGAACCUGGAGACGUUUUGCCGCGAGCAUCUGGGCGUCAACGAGGGUGGUUUCCGGUUCCUGUCCUUGAGCGACCCGAACCCGAGCAAGCGCUACCACCGGAUCGGCUGGAUCCUGCUGAACCCUGGGCCAGACGACGGCUUUACCACAGCCGGCGGUCUGCCCGAUCCGGACAGUCUGGAUGGCGAUGUGGAGAUAUCAACUCCGAAGACAAUUUCAGUCGCCGACAGGGCUCUGGAGGCCAUUAACGGCAAGACGGUCAAGGACGAGGUACGCGGUGAUUUCGUGUGCCAUGUCGGCGUUCACAACCCACAGACAAACCCGCGCAGGAAGGCGCUCUGGGACUUGUUUUCGGCGCCUGAGCGGAUCGACAAGGAUCUGGGUCUCGUGCAGCGGCUGGUGAACCGAUUCGAGGCCGAGGUGGGAUCGGACUUCCAAGGCGUGUUGAAGAUUGAGGAGAGAGUGGAAGAGCUGAGACUUGCAGGACGGCUGCAGUCGUCGGCAGGUACGGGGGCCCAGUCCGGCAACGGCGUCGCGGCUGCUCCGAAGAAGAAGAAGAAGGCCAAGAAGGUGAGCGUGCUCGGUAUGGACGUCGCGGUCGAUGACUUUGAGGACCUGGGAGACGAGGUGGACAUGGAUGAUGACGAAGAGGAAGAAGAAGAGGGCGAAGAGGGUGCGGUGGACGAGGAGGUGGACGACGAGGAGCUGCUGUUGAAGAAGAAGCAGCUUGACCUUCUGAUCGAAUACCUGCGACGGGUUUUCAGUUUCUGCUUUUUCUGUGUGUUUGAGAGCGACUCGGCGCACGAGCUGACGCGCAAGUGUCCGGCAGGACAUCUGCGGCGGCCACGAGCGACGCUGACGGCAGCGGCCAAGGAGGUGGCGCGAGCCAGUGCCAGCGGCGAGCCGUUUCCGAGCAAGCGACGCGUGGAAGCGGCAGCGGACGCCGAGGAGGGCGAGCUGCCGCAGGAGGGCAGCGGUGGAGGUGGCGAUCGCAAGUUCCGUGGAGCGUCGGCCAAGUCGGAGCUGCAGCUGCAGCGGGCGUACAACUGGGUCAGGACGUUUGAGGAGAAGAUCAACCAGAUUCUGGAGCCGGAAUCGGUGGAUCUUCGCAAGUACGGCGGCAAGCCGGUGGACGAGGCCAUGGAUGUGGAGAUGGCCAAGUACGUGAAGCAAGAGGACGAACACAAGUGGCGAUGCCGGCUUCCCGAGUGCACGAAGUUGUUCAAGGAGGAGCACUUUUGGCGGAAGCACGUGGAGAAGCGACACACGGAGUGGUGGGAGGCGCUGAAAGAUGAUAUUGAGCUUGUCAAUGCCUACGUGUCGGACCCGUCACACAUUGCACCGUCACGAACGGACGCCAACUCCAACGGCCACUUCCCGGCUGCAAACGGACAGACACCAACAGGGACACCUCGCGGCUUCAGCCUGCAGAGCUAUGCGAUGAACAGUGUUCUGCCAUCAAUCCCCGGGUUCUCUGCACCGGGCCCGUUCAAUAUGUUCAACCCGGUGGCGAUGCAGGUGUCGAACUGGCAGGCAGCGGCCGGCGGUGCUGGCAUGAGUGCUGCUGGAGGUCCCCUGGGUGACAGCCGUGGACAGGGCCCAAUCCGACGAGGAGGACCCGGCAAUGGGCGCUACAACAAUCGGUCUGGUCCGUAUGACAGACGGCCUAUGCGCUGGAGUCAGGACGGCGGUCUGAACGGCGCUGGAGCGGCGAUGUAUGCUUCUGGCAGCAGUGGUGGUGGCGGUGGAUACAGUCGUGGAGGCAGCCGAAACGGCGGAGGUGUCGGUGAAUUCAGCGGCAGUGGAGGUCCUGGUGGUGGUGGACGUUGGGGAGACGGAGCCGGUGGCGGUGCGGCUGUCGGGCCACGCGAGGCCAUCCAGGGCCGUACGAUCAAGAGCUACGAAGACCUGGACCAGGUGACGGGUGGUGGAGGCGGCGAGCUCAACUACUAG